UAAUUUUUGUCUGCUCUAGAGAUUUGUCACUUGCCUGCUUGCUGAGCUUGCCUGUCAGCAAAUUCAUCUGUAAAACGUUAUCGCAUAAAUACAAAACACAUGACAGUUAACCAAAGAGUUAAAACCUUAGUUUGUGGAUAUUUUGGAUCUACUAGGAGUUUUCUUUGCAGAAUAAUACUUAAUUAAAAGGUUAAAUGGAGAUUAACUUUGAUUAAAAUUGUUUGGGACACUGUUGUCAGAUUGAGAUGAUGGAGGAGGACGACGAGAUCAAGGUCAGUGGUGAUCAUCACGACGACGACAGUGAUGACGAUGCUGAUAAAGAAGAUGGCGAUAAUAGUGACGACGAGGACGAAGAUUCUUUUUCAACUUAUACAAAUCAAUUUUAUGCUUCAUUGGCGUCAUCAUCACAGUCGCCAGUAUUGUUGGAUACAAGUCAUCAGACUAAUAAUGAUGUGGCUGUUGUUGAUCCAUCAGACAAUUCAUCCUUCAAUGAUGAUGAUGAGCGCAACGACGGCAGUGAACUUAAUGUUCCACCCGCAGUAUUACGCAAUUCUGACGACGUCAAGUUUGAAAAAUUAAGAAUUAAACAAAACUACAAGUCAAAUAAUCACCGAAGGAGCCAAAGUAAUCAUCGCAAUCCAAAAACUAUUUCUAGUCUAGGCCCUGCAAAAACAAUUCAGAAUCCAACAUUCUGCAUUGGGAGACAAGUAACCAAUAAAGAUCUCCAACCCAAUGCUGCUGCUAAUAAAGUUUCCAACCGUGAAAGAAUCAGACUGGCACAGAAUGAAGAAAUGGAAAACCAAAUUAUCAAGAAGCAUCUUGAAGGUAUGAAAGCCUUGAUUGAUCAAAUUUUGAAAAUGCAAUCUUCUGAAGAGUUUACAGUUCAAGAUGAGAAGCAUGUUGGAAGCUUUAAAGCAUUACAGUCCAAAUUUAAUGAAAUGAGCGAACAAUAUAAAGCUUUUAAGAAUUUAAAGAAGAAAGCCAGCACAACUUUGAGCGAAUCUGAUUACAAGAAACAAAUGGCUAGAGAAAUCUAUAGACUUAAAGGACGCCUACCUGCUUUUGCUAAAAGGACUGAAAUUGAUCGCCACGUCGACUGGUUUCCUGAAUCAGACUGGAGAGUUCUCAUCAUUCAAGGACAAACUGGUAGUGGGAAAAGUACACAAAUUCCACAGUAUUUGGCAGACCAUCCAAGCUUUGCAGGAAAACGGAUCAUUUGUACUCAACCUAGGAAAAUUGCAGCCGUUUCUUUAGCAAAACGAGUUUCAAUUGAAUAUUCAAACGAUCCAUGGGCAAAACCAGGUCAAGAUAUCGGAUAUCAAAUUGGGGGUGCAAAGGUUAAAGAGAGUCGAGUCGAAUUUGUAACGGAAGGUAUCAUGCUGGAAAGAAUUAUGUCAAACAAACCAUUCACAGACGUUGGAUGCAUUAUAAUCGACGAAGCCCAUGAACGCAGUAUAAUUUGUGAUAUUCUGCUUGGAUCAUUUAAAAAAGCGGAUAAACGUUGGAAGGAUAUCCUGAUUGUCAUCAUGUCUGCCACGAUUGAUAUUGAAGAAUUUUCAACUUUCUUUAAUAAUGCUCCCAAAGUGGAGAUGGCCGGUCGAACAUUUCCAAUCGAAUUCUUCUAUCAUCCGCUUCCAGAUAGUGCGACUUCGGAAAUGUCUUACAUUCGGAGGGAGGUUGUAAAAAAGGCCGUGGAUAUUCACUCACGUUGUGGAUCCGUGAUAAGUGGAGAUAUCUUGUGCUUCCUCCCCGGUCAGGAGGAUGUUUUAAGUGCGAAGGAGGACUUUGAAAGGGAGAUGACGAAAAUUAAUGGACGUGAUAAUUGCAAAUAUUUCGCCACGAAAGUAUAUUCCCUGUUUGGACGGCAAGAUCCGGAGCAGCAGGAGGAAGUAUUUCAAAAACUGGGGACAAAUAUCAGGAAAAUAAUCUUCGCAACCGAUAUAGCUGAAACUUCUAUCACGAUCGAUGGAGUGGUAUUUGUGGUAGACUCUGGAGUCAGGAAGGAAAUGAUCUUUGACCCCAAAAGGAAUAUUUCUACGCUUAAGCUUACGACGAUAUCAAAAAGUUCCGCUACCCAAAGGGCAGGUCGUUCAGGCAGAACACAACCUGGCGAAUGUCAUCGUCUGUAUUCUGAAGCUGACUUUCAAAGUAUGAGUUCGUCAUCAGCCCCUGAAGUUUUUCGGAAGCCAUUAUCACUCGCUGUCCUAUCCUUAAUUGAGAUGAACAUUGUGCCCAUGGAAUUUGAAUGGAUAAGUUCCCCUUCCAAGGAUGCAAUGUCUGCUGCUGAAGAAGAAUUGCGUUAUUUGGGCGCGAUUGAUGAAGAGAAUAAGACAACUGCACUAGGAAAAUUAAUUUCAAAAUGUCAGCAAGAACCAAAAUUAGUUCGAAUGAUUUAUCGUGGCUGCCAAGAUGGAUUUGGCAUGGCUGCUGUGACCAUUGCUUCUAUCUUCACCGUUGCAAACAUGUUUUACUACAUUGGUGCAGAUGAAGCGGGGAAACAAGAGUCUAGAAAAUCAAGAAAUACAUUUGCUCUCGAAAGUGGAGAUGUCGUUACAAUGUUUCGAGUAUUCCAAGAAUAUUUGAGCGUGUCAGGAAUGAACGGGGACAGGAAGAACGACGAUGACGACAACAAAAGAGAAGAAACUGAAAAGGUAGUUAAUCAAAGGAAACAAGGUGGUGUCUGGUGUCGAAAGAACUACAUUAAUGGAAAAGCCAUUGGCUUGAUAAUGUCCACAAGGAAGGAACUUGUUCAGUUAUUUAGAUCGACAGAUAUUUGGAAUAGCCAAUUAAAUCAAACGAAUGAGCCAACGGACAAUGAACUGAGACGUAUCAUAUUCGCAGGUUACUUUCUUCAUACUGCUCGAUUAAUUCGUUCUCGCAAAUCAAAAUUGCCCCAAUAUUUUGCUGUUCAUCCUUCGGUGACUGGAAGCUUGGAUUUCAAAUCAGCCCUGGUACACCACACCACUACCAAGAAUACACAAACUCCAGAAUGGAUAGUUUAUGAAAAAAUCUUGCGACUAAAAACCACCCUUCUCCCAACUUCUACGCCCAUCGACUUUUCUUGGAUCGGUGAAGAGAGUCCAGCUUUUUUAGCGUUGUGCCAUGCAAAACAAGAUGAACUUCCCACUGAGAAAAUUGUUAUCUCAGCAUCGCAGGAAUGUCUAAGGAAUAUUUUUGGAAGAUAUUUCAUUAAUUUGAAUUCGUUAGAAGCGGAAUUAGGGUGCGAUUUGGAUGUUGAUAUCGAUAAUGGAAUUUUAGCUGCGUAUUGCACCGCUGUCAAGAAGCCAAGAGUGGAAGCUAAUCUCAAAAGGAAGGUGCAAAUUUUUAUGCAAGUGUUGAAGGAUCAAGUUGAAGAAGAAGAUUAUUUGGGAGGAACCAGAGUAGUGGUUGGGUUAGGGUAUGAAGUACAAGAAAUUUUAUUUCCACAAGAUUUUAUUACAAUCUUUAUCCGAUCACUUGAUCCGAGCGUAAGUAAAACUGAAUUAAAGUGGCACCUGGAAUUGCACGGAAUUUCUUUCCGAAAUUUGGACCUGCGCUCGUAUGAAACUAAUCAGACUGCUGUUAUUAAAUUUUAUUCAAAAGCGGAUGCUAAAGUUGCACUGGAAGUUUUAAAGAAGGAAAAAUUUAAAGGGAAAGAACUGGACGUUGCUCGUGCUGGGAUGGGCCCAAGAAGGGGAGUGACACAGGAAGAAGUUUGUCGAUUAAAGCUCUCUUGGUCAUUAGCUCCAUCGGAGGGAAGAGCCCAAAUUUGUUUCCACACAGCUGCUGAAGCCAAUAAUUUCGUGGAGACAGUAAGCACACGAUUUGGUGGGGCCAGGGUCACGGCGCUUCAUGGACAUGUGGAAUCUAAGAACUCGAAACACCAACGUAACAAACCACAGCCUCCAGCAAUGGUCUUGAGAGGGAUCCCCGACGGAGCCUGUAGAUAUCGGUUCGUCGUCGAAGAGGAUCUAGAACCGAAUGAACAACAAUUUGAUUAUAGGCUCACGUUGGGAAGCCUUCCUCUCGAUAUUGAUGAACAAGAGUUAUUCAGAAGAGUUAAACCAACGAUUCCGAAAUGGGCAAGAGUUAAUCGUACCGUUAGUACAGCGACAAAAGAAAAAUAUGAAAUUACAAUUUCAGAUGAAGAAUUAAAAGAUAAACUGGCCCCAUUUGAAGAAUACAUUUCAGACGGUCAGUGCCCACAGUUCUAUUCUGAUAAGAAUCUUGGACGUGCAAUCCUAUAUGUUCCAGUGGAUAACAAACUAGCACUUCAGAAGGCAUCAAAAAUUGAUUAUUGCUCAAUGAAGGAAGACGUAUAUGGACAACCCCAUCGACUUGAGAUUGAAUAUAACCACACCACUUCUGUUCAUACUGAUUUAUACAAGUUUAUCAAGGAUGAUAUUGUUCAAAUUAAGAAUAUGGCCUACAAGAAAGGGGCACAAGUUUGGGAUAGUGCAGAUUGCAAUAACAAGUAUGGGACAAAGACGACCAAGUCCAAAUUCAUUUUUUUGAAGUUUCGAACGUGUAAUCCUCGCUUAAUUGGAGAACUUCAAAAAAGUUUGGAAUCUGUAUCAAGUUACACAAAAUUCAACCAUGAAAGCCUUCAUCUACUUUUGACCACUACUGGAAAAUUAGAAUUGGAUCGUAUCGGCAAAACUGCCUUUCUCUAUUUAAACCCCCGAAAUAAUGGGCUGUACAUUUAUGGACGCCCAGAAAUUCAAGAGAAAACUAAGAAACAACUUUUAUCAAGUAUCAAGUAUUUCACGACGCUCGAAGUAGUCGAUAGGCCACUAAUGAUUUCAAAAAAGAAGAUAAAUUUACGCCGCGGAAAAGCUUCUGCCGCCGACGUGUCCAAACUUGAACGUGCUUGUAAAAGCAGCGGAGUUGAUUAUUAUGACUUUGUAGGGAAUCGAAUUUUGGUGUCGGGUUCGGAGAAGGCAUUUGCGAAACUCAAGAAUAUUUUGGAGAAGGAUGGUCUGCUUUAUGAGAAGAGUCCUUCCCAUCUUGCUAAACUAAAGGGCCGUCCAGAUUGUACCAUUUGUCUGAUGCCACCAGACAGUGAUUUCAUACAAAGCAGCAUCUGCCCACAUGCUUUCUGCAUUGAUUGCCUACAGCCAAUGUUUAAUAUAAUGCCACCAGCAUUACCGGUCAAAUGUCAAGGAGAAGAUUGUCAAAAGUUGUUAGGAAUUGGAGAUAUUACCAAAACCGCAAAGAAAGAAUCACUCAAAAAAUAUCUCGAAGUGGCCGUUGUCAAAUAUCAACAGGAGCAUUCUACUCUUUUCCUUAUGUGUCCAAAACAAGACUGCGGACAAAUCUUAUGCGCUUCUGAUAAAAUUAUUGGAGAACGAGGUGGCGAAUUUUAUUUUUGCGACGAGUGUGUCACGACUUAUUGCAUUCCGUGCUCCCUGAAAGCUGAAAAACCAUGUAAGAGCCAUGAAUAUGAUACUUGUGAAGAAGCCAGGAGUGGUCUUUCAAACGAAGUUCAAAUCCACGUGCGGCGCAUACAAGAAGAUAUUCUUAAUCUUCAAUGUCCACGAUGUAAAACUGCAUUUUAUGAUUUCGUGGGAUGUGUGGCAGUUACGUGUGAAAGUUGUAAGUGCGGUUUUUGUGGGCUGUGUCUUACCGAUUGUGGUAAUGAUGCACACGCUCAUGCUCGGCAAUGUCCAAAGAAUCCCAAAAAGAAUGAGUACUAUGCCUCUCAGGUCGUAAUUGAUAGAGUUCAUCGAGAAUUAAAGGUGCAAAAGUUACAAGAAUAUCUUAAAGAUAUUGAGAUAAACGGAGCAGAGCCUCGGGUUAUAGAAAGUAUUCGCCGUGCCAUUCGACAGGAUUUGAUUGAUCUUGAAAUUCCUACAUUUUGAAACUAGUAUUGUGUAUUUUUUGAAAUGAUGUGCACUUGGAAAUGAGUUUUUCUUUCUGGUCUAUAUGUAUACUUAUUUAUUGCACUUGUAAUUACUUAUCUCUUGGUUGUUAGUCAUUUAAUUUUAUGGAUAGCCACGCUCCUAAAUCCGGCCCAAUUUCAUUAGUCCAAAGCAAAUUUAAUUUAACUUUUGUAAGUUCUUUCUUUAAAGCUUUUCGUUUUCCGGGUCCUAACUUUUCACCAAACUGAAUGAUGAAUUCUUCCAUCUAUGUAACAAGAUAGUGAAGUUAGUAUUUAGCAAGUUGUAUGUAAAAUUAUAAAAAAAUAUUCAAAAGUAAUCACAUCUUGUAACUCUCGUGUUGUUGUUGAGUAAGGGACCAACGCUUUGAAACCUUCUACUACAGGAUUUGCUACACUUGCACUGAAAAAAUAUUGAAUAAACUCGGCCAUUGUUAUGUAUUAGAGUAAAA